AUGAAGAGGAAGGCGGAAGUGAGUCUUGGUUCAGGUUACAGGUGGAUCAGAGGGAAGAAGAUCGGAGAAGGAGGGUUCGGCUCCGUGUUCGUCGCGUUUGCCAAGAUACCCCAUAUUGGAGAACACCACUUGCCCGAGGCAAUGGCCAUGAAAUCCGCAAAGAUCAAGGAUUCCGAUUCCAUUCAAUACGAGCUGGAGGUUUACAGGGAGUUGGAAACCAAGGGUGGUUGUUGCCCCUUCAUCAUUGAGCACUACGGUGAAGAGGUGACUUGGAGUAACGACGGGGAAGAGGUCUACAACUUGGCCAUGGAAGUUGCAUGGGGAAGCCUUGCGAGGUACUUAAAGAUUAUAGGUCAUGGGUUGCCGGAAUAUCAUGUGAGGCGGUACACCGGUGACAUUCUCAGAGGGGUCAAACACAUACGUAGGUGCGGGUACGUGCAUUGUGAUUUGAAACCAGAGAAUAUUUUGCUUGUGAAGAAUGAUGAGGGCUUUCCCUUUACGGCCAAAGUGGGUGAUUUUGGGUUGGCCAAGAAGAAUGAGGUUCGAGAUAGAUGGAGAGGCACGCCGAUGUACUUGUCCCCGGAGACUGUCUUGUACAAUGAGCAGGAACAUGCCAGUGAUAUAUGGGCCGUUGGGUUAAUCGUUCUGGAGAUGCUGACCGGUGAACGCGCCCGGGAGCAUUUCUACCAUCGUGACAGCAAGACACUCUACAUUGUGGAUGGAAUGAAGCCCAAAAUCCCUGAUACGAUCUCGAUCCAUGCUAGGGAGUUUCUGGAGUUUUGCCUAGCUCCAGAAACAUGGGAAAGAUGGUCAGCUGAGGAGCUCCUCUACCAUCCUUUUGUUGCAGAUGUUGUUAAGCCCAGAAACUUGGGAAAAUGGUCAACUGAGGAGCUUCACAAUCAUCCUUUUGUUUCAGAUGUUGUUAGCUCAUAG